AUGGGUAGUUUCGAGGCGGUGACGGAGAAGUCGGCGACGACGCCGAGGUGGGUGGUGACGUGCAUGGUGGGAGGGGUGAUCGUAGGGGUGUCACUGAUGGGUGCAUACUCUACCCAGCUUGGAAUGUUCUGGAAGACCCGAAGACGCCACAAGAAACCCGUUCGCGUCUACAUGGACGGUUGCUUUGACAUGAUGCAUUAUGGCCAUUGCAAUGCCCUUCGCCAAGCUCGUACACUCGGUGACCAGUUGAUUGUUGGGGUUGUUAGUGACGCCGAGAUCAUUGCCAACAAGGGUCCCCCCGUUACCCCUCUUCACGAAAGGUUGAUGAUGGUGAAUGCAGUGAAGUGGGUGGAUGAGGUUAUUCCUGAAGCUCCAUAUGCAAUAACCGAGGAGUUCAUGAAGAAGCUUUUUGAUGAGUACAAGAUAGAUUACAUUAUUCAUGGGGACGAUCCUUGUGUUCUUCCGGAUGGAACUGAUGCUUAUGCUCAUGCUAAGAAGGCUGGUCGGUAUAAGCAGAUAAAGCGCACUGAAGGGGUUUCAAGCACUGAUAUUGUUGGUCGCAUGCUUCUCUGCGUAAGAGAAAGGUCUGUAACUGACAGUCACAAUCAUUCUUCUUUACAAAGACAGUUCAGCAAUGGCCAUAGUCCUAAGUUUGAUGCUGGUGCACCUGCAACAACUGCAAGUGGAACUCGUAUAUCUCAUUUUCUACCUACAUCUCGUAGAAUUGUUCAGUUCUCAAAUGGGAGGGGUCCAGGACCUGAUUCUCGCAUUGUAUAUAUAGAUGGUGCUUUUGAUCUCUUUCACGCAGGACAUGUGGAGAUCUUGAGGCUUGCUAGGGAUCUCGGAGAUUUUCUUCUUGUUGGAAUACACACUGAUCACACAGUCAGUGGCAACCAGAAAAUACACUAUGGAAAUAAGCCAGAUGAAUUGUUGGCAAAUGUCAGAUGCAUUCUGGGCAUGCCAAAUAAAAACUUUGGACAAAGUAGCGUUUCAUGGGAGCUGGACAUAUUGGUUGACUGGGAUUGGGGGGGGGGCAGUGCAACUAGAGGAUCACAUCGUCCUAUCAUGAAUCUUCAUGAAAGAAGUCUAAGUGUUUUAGCAUGUCGCUAUGUGGAUGAGGUCAUAAUUGGUGCUCCAUGGGAGGUGUCCAAAGAUAUGAUCACUACAUUUAACAUCUCAUUAGUUGUGCAUGGAACCAUCGCAGAAAAUAAUGAUUUUCAGAAGGAACAAUGCAAUCCAUAUGCUGUUCCUAUUAGCAUGGGCAUCUUCAAACUUUUAGAAAGUCCUCUGGAUAUAACAACUACUACAAUAAUUAAAAGAAUUGUCUCAAAUCAUGAGGCAUACCAGAAACGAAAUGAGAAGAAGGGGGAGAGUGAGAAAAGAUACUACGAGGGGAAGGGUCACGUGUCAGGAGACUAA